AUGAAGAGGAUAGUCGAAAAUGAGAAGAUUAAUGCAGAGAAGUCAUCAAAACAGAAGGUGGAUCUACAGUCUUUGCCAACCCGUGCCUACCUGGAUCAGACAGUUGUGCCUAUCUUAUUACAGGGUCUUGCUGUGCUUGCAAAGGAAAGGUGAGAUAAUACUGUCUGUGACUGGAGAUACUAGGUGGGACUUCCA